AAUACUAAAUACUAUUAUAAUACUAACUAGACUAUCUACUAUAAUAAUACUUUGCUACAUACUAUAGGACAUUAAUAGGGUUGUUGGUACUCUGGUCUAACGCGAAUGUCAACACAUGUUACAGAUGAACACUAAACCGACCCGCCUCGUAGGAACGCUGUUGGAGAUGAGCUCUGACUGCUAGCAGGAGGCUAGUGAUGCUAACGGAGAAGUUAAUGCUAAUUCUACAUACUGUCAUUCAAACCGGUUGAGUUAAUUGUUCCUCACAGAUAACGACGGACUGCAGGCAGCGGUCGCCCAGCCAGGAGGGGCCAUGAACAAACAGCCCAGUAAGGAGAGCCUCAAAGACAAGGUGAAGGGGAUCUUUGGCAUCGGACCCCAGAGGCCCCCCACCAAACAGACUGACAACAAACCCUCUGAGUUCAUCAUCAACCACAACAUCCUUAAGGACCUGCAUCCGGAAUGUGGGAUCGGGAAUCGCAUCAAGGUCAUCCACCAAGUGUGCGAUCUGGCCAAAUCCAAGAAGUUUGAGGAGUAUGCGGUGGAGGCGGUCUGGAAGGCGGUGGAGGACAUGUUGACCCCCGAGCAGCCGCCCGAGGCGCGCCACGCCGUCCUGCUGCUGCUCAGAGCCAUCAUCCAGGGACAGGCACACCGGCUGGGUCCGCUCAGAGCCUACUACUUUAAGGUGAUCAGAGACUACCAGCCGCCCAAUGAGGAGCUGGCAGACCGCUUGGAGGUUUUCAAGGCCUUGACGGAGAAUGGAAAAGAUAUCACGUAUCUGGAGGAGGACAUCGCACGCUUUGUCCUCCUCUGGAUGGACAAUGGUCUGACUUCAGACUUCCUCAACGUGCUGGUCAACCUGGUGAAGUUCAACAGCUGCUACCUGGACCAGAACGUCUCCAUCAUGGUCCAGAAGAUCUGUCUGCUGUGCAAUAGAACCACCUCCUCCACUGAUAUCGAGGUGGCGCUGCAGGUGCUGGAUGCGGUGGUGUGCUACAACUGCCUCCCCUCGGACUCCCUCACGGUGUUCAUCAUCACGCUGUGCCGCACUGUCAACGUCAAGGAGUUCUGUGAGACCUGCUGGAAGCUGAUGAGGAAGGUGUUGGGGACUCACCUGGGCCACAGCGCCAUCUACACCAUGUGUCGUAUCAUGGAGGAAAGGGUGUACGUGGAGGAUGCGGCCCUGCUGCGGGGUGCAGUGUUCUUCGUGGGGAUGGCCCUCUGGGGGGCCCACAGGCUGCCGGCCCUGAAGAACACACCCACCCUGGUGCUCCCCUCCUUCUACAAGGCCAUGUCGUGUGCUAACGAGGUGGUGUCCUACGAGAUCGUCCUGUCCAUCACUAGACUCAUCAAGAAGUACGGCAAAGACCUGCAGGUGGUGACCUGGGACAUCCUGCUGGGGAUCAUCGAGAGGCUACUGCAGCAGAUACAGACCAUCGGCAGCGCUGAGCUGAAGGCGAUCGUGUACGAGCUGCUGACCACCGUGGAGGAGCUGUACGAGCAGAACGGCUUCCACGGCUCCACCGAGAAGUUCUUCAGCCUGGUGGAGAAGUGUGCCGACAAGAGACCGGACUCCUCGGUGCUGACCCUCAUCUCCUACCGGGCUCAGUCCAUCCAGCCAGCCAAGGACGGCUGGAUCCAGAACCUCCACCGUCUCAUGGACACCUUCUUUAAGAAUGAGAGCCGUAGUGGGAUAAGGAUCAAAGUGCUUCACAUCCUCUCCUUUGUGCUGAGCACCAACCGGCAGCUCUACGAGGAGGAGCUGAUCGAGGCGGUGGUCCUCCCCCAGCUCAGCGGCAUUGCGGAGGACCGGGACCUGGCGGUGAGGAAGCAGGCCACUCAGCUGCUGGUGGACCUGGCCGAGGGCUGCAGCACGCACCACUUCAGCAGCCUGCUGGACGUCAUCGAGAAGGUGUCCAGCCGUCCCCUGGUCCCAGGGCCCCUGGAGGUUCUGGACAGAGACCCCACGGCAGAGUCGCCAAUGGAGGACAUCAGGACGGCGGUCCUGGGCCUGCUCGAGAUCCUCCAGAGUAAGCUGUACAGCCUGCCGGCGAGCCACGCCAGCCGCGUCUACGAGCUCCUCAUCAGCCACCUGCAGCUGCACUACAAGACCAAGGCCUGCUCCGCCGUGGCCUCCAGCAUCCGCCUGCAGGUGUUUGACUUCUUCCUGAUGCUGCGCGCCGACUCCCUCCACCGCCUCGGCGUCUCCAACAAGGAGGGGGCCCUGAGGUUCAGCCCCUACUGCUACUGCGACAUGGGGGAGCCGGAGAAGCGCGGCGGCGGUGGGGGGGGUGUGGAGAAGAAGACGACUGGCUCCGCCUCUCCUCCCGCCGGGGCCCCGCCUCCGGCCGUCCAGGCCACCUCCUCCUGCUCCGCCUCCUCCGCCGCCUCCUCCUCCAUCCGCACCGCCUUCCUGCCCUACGCCCCCGCCUUCAGCGCCCUGCUGCAGGCCCUCAAGAUGGAGACGGACUGGAAGGUGCUGAAGCUGAUCCUGGACCAGCUGCCCCGGACGCUGCAGUACAAGGUGCUGCUGCUGACCUCGCCCUGCAGCCUGGACCAGCUCUGCUCCCAGCUCUGCUCCAUGGUGACCUUGGGUCUGACCUCGGAGCGUCUGAAGAAGACCCCGGACGGCUUCUCCCGGACAGACGUCCAGCUGGCCGUGGUGCCGGUGCUGACGGCCAUCACGUCCUACCACAACUACCUGGAGCAGCCCCGACAGAGGGAGCUGGUCCAGUGCCUGGAGACGGGCCUCAUCUACCGCUGUGCCAAGCAGUGCGUGGUUGCCCUGACGAUGUGCACCGUGGAGAUGCCCGACAUCAUGAUCAAGCUCCUCCCAGCUCUCAUCGUCAAGCUCACCCACAUCUCAGCCACCGUCGCCAUGGCCUCUCCCAUGCUGGAGUUCCUCUCCACCCUGGUUCGUCUCCCUCACCUCUAUGCUAACUUCGUGGCGGAGCAGUACGUCAGUGUGUUCGCCAUCUCGCUGCCGUACACAAACCCGUCCAAGUUCAACCAGUACAUCGUGUCCCUGGCCCAUCACGUCAUUGCCAUGUGGUUCAUCCGCUGCCGGCUCACCUUCCGCAAGGACUUCGUCCAGUACAUCACCAAGGGUCUGCGGUCCAACGCCCUGCUGCCGUUUGACGACGGCCACGAGCACAGCUCCUUCAGAGCUCGCAGCACAAGCCUCAACGAACGCCCCAAAAGUCUGCGGGCGGCCAAAGUGGCGCGGGCGGCGGCGGCCGUAGCCAAUAGCAGCAGCUCGCCGGUUAAAGAGCUGAGGGACGUCUCGGCCAUGGACGCCUUCCGGUCCCGGAGCAUCAGCGUGUCGGAGCACGCGGUCCGCAGGAUGCAGACCUCCACGACCACCAGCAGCCUGGGCUCUGCGGACGAGAACGCGGUGACGCAGGCGGACGAGGGCCUGAAGACGGUCCACCUGGAGCUCACCGAGACGUGUCUGGACAUGAUGGCUCGAUACGUCUUCUCCAACUUCUCCGCACUCCCUAAGAGGUCUCCCAUCGCUGAGUUCCUCCUGGCGGGGGGACGCAGUAUGACCUGGUUGGUUGGGAACAAGCUGGUGACCAUCACCACCAGCGGGGGGGUCCGGACCCAGGCCCUGCUGGGACUGGACAUGGCUGAGAGGCUGGGGGGCGGGGGGGAGAUGACCAGGUCGGACCCGUCGCUCCACACCCGUCUCACCAAGGAGGCUCCGGCCAAACUGGAGUCCCAAUCCAGCCAGCAGCAGAACCGCGCCACGCGCAUCAGGGUCCGCUCCAUGUCAGGUGGUCACGCCCUGCGCCCAGGGCCCGCCCAGAGUCUCAGUCCUCUGGUGUCCCCCUCUGAGGGGGAGUACGGCCCCCCUCUCUCCUCUGCCGCCGCGGGCCCCCCCCCCCUGGAAAGCCUGGGCCCCGCGGCCCCCGCGGACCCCACCCCCCCCCCGCCCCUCAAGGACAACCCCAGCCUGGCCGAGUUCAUCCCCAUGCUGACCCAGGGCUGGGCCGAGAUCUUCAUACGGCGGCCGUCCGGUAACACCAGCUGGCUGAUGUGUCUGGAGAACCCGCCCAGCCCCUUCUCCUCGGAGCUGGGCAACAUGCCGCUGCAGGAGCUGUCCACCAUCCUGAUGGCCAUGGAGGGUGUGAAGGAGCCGGCCGGCCAGACGGCCAGCGCCCCCGCCAGCACGGCCACGCCCCCCCCCCACGCCGCGGGGAAGGGGCACCUAGUGCAGCGCUCCAACACAGUGGGGGCCUCUCUCUGGGGUCUGGGUCUGGGCUCAGCUCCCUCCACCGGAGCCCCAGCCUCCGGGAGGCUGACCAGGAGCAUCUCCUGGGCAGACUCUGUGGUGGUGGUGGAGGAGGAGCGGCCCGCCCCCCCGCCGACCCGCUCCCCGUCUGAAGACUUCGAGGCGACCUCUGAACCCAUCUUCAUGACCUCCAAGACCCCGCACACGCUCAGCAGGUCCUCCUCCACCUCCAGCCAGGACGAGGAGAAGUCGACCCUGGAGGAGGUGAGCGAGGGGGCCAUCCCCAUCGACCAGCCGCCCCAGGGGCCCUCCACCCCGGGCAGCCAGGGGCCCGACCUCCCCUUCCAGCCCCACGCCGCCCAGGGCCUCAACAAGUCCAGCUCCUCCCCCGAGCUGCAGACCCUCCCCCAGGCCUUCUGCCAGGGCCUGGAGGCCCCCGCCCCCGGCCCCCCUGCCCUCAGCCCCCCCCGGCCCAGAGCGCCCUCAGACGGGAAGCCCCCGCCCGCCCAGGCCCCCGGGGAGAGGGAGAAGGUGGAGGCGGUCGGCGGAGGAGGUGGAGCAGCAGGACCAGGUGGUGGUGCAGGUGGAGCGGCAGCAGGAGGAGGAGCAGCAGGUGGAGUAGGAGGAGGAGGGGAGACGCCUGGGUCGACGGGUGGGGCGGCAGGCCUGUGCCUGGAGUUCCCCUCAGCGGUGGCCUACCCAGGGCCCCUCUCCCCCAGCGGCGGGCACCGUCCCCGGGGCCACACCAUCUCGGUGUCGGCUCCGUCCUCCAGGAGAGAGAGGCGCACGGAGAGGGACUCGUACCACAGCCGCCCAGGGCCCAGCACCGCAGAGAAGACCUACGGACUCAGCCCCAGCUUCGUGUUCCUCCAGCUCUAUCACUCUCCGUUCUUCGGCAACGAGGCCAACAAGCCUCUGCUGCUGCCCAAGACCCAGGUGAUCGACCGGGCGGUGAAGGUGCUGGACCAGAUGCCUCCAUAUGACACCCACAAGAUCGGAGUGGUGUUUGUGGGAGUGGGUCAGGUGAGCAACGAGGUGGCCAUCCUGUCCAACGAGUACGGCUCCAACCGCUACGCCUCGUUCCUGACGGGGCUGGGGCGGCUGAUCCACCUGAAGGCCUGCGACCCAGACCAGAUCUUCCUGGGGGGUCUGGACCAGUACGGGGACGACGGCGAGUUCACCUACUGCUGGCACGACGACAUCAUGCAAGCUAUCUUCCACAUCGCCACCCUGAUGCCCAACAGGGAGAGUGAUAAGGGCUGCUGCAACAAGAAGAGACACAUCGGCAACGACUUUGUGAUGGUGGUCUACAACGACUCUGAGGAGGACUACAAGCUGGGAACCAUCAAGGGCCAGUUCAAUUUCGUGGAGGUGAUCAUCAAACCUCUGGACUACGAGUGUAACCUGGUGACGCUUCAGUGUCGUAAAGACCUGGAGGGAUUGGUCGACACCACGGUGGCCAAGAUCGUUUCAGACCGUAACCUUCCUCUGCUGGUGAGACAGAUGGCCCUCCACGCCAACAUGGCGUCCCUGGUCCACCAGUACCGCGCUAACCCCUCCGAUGCCUACGCCUCCAAGUGGCUCGCCCGCCUACGACACAUCAAGAGGAUACGGACCCGGGCCCAGGAGGACAGUGCGUCUCGGCCCGGCGCCGGUAUCUCCCUGACCACGGGCCACGCGGCGGCCAAGCCCUCCUACCAGAGCUCCUCCUCCUCCUGCCCCGGGGGGGAGGCGGUCGGCCAGAGGAAGCGCCUCGUCUCCACCGUCGACGACUUCACCGACUUCGUCUGACCGACGUCCACAGCCCAGUGGAGGCCCGCAUCGCACACAUGAACACACACGCACACAUGAACACACACACAGGCGCGUGUGUGGAAUAAAGAGUCUAAAGCUGCCAUGUUGGAGUCAUUCCGUUCACCGAGAGCCUUCCACACGUUCUGCUGUCAAACCUUUUAUUCAACUUUGUCAAAAGCAUGAGAAGUGUUAAUCUGCCCGACGAUGCAAGAUGAUUCUGGAACACAUUUAGCGGCCAAGCACUAAACAGGAGUACAAUUUAAGCACGGCUUUAAACACAGGGAUACAUUUAAGUCCUACAAGAGUACAAACUCCAGCGGAACAUGCAGGCAGAUGGAUGGUAAUGAGGCUGACAUCACAGUAAGGGCAGUGUGUCGGUGGGAGAAUAGCAAUUUUAUAAAAUAGUGUUGGACAUUUACUCAAACUACUUGAAUCUGUCAUUUCAGAGUUUGAUGACAGUGCAGCCUGAUAUGUGAAUAAAACAAUACUUCAUCUGACAGGAGGAAUAUGUACAGCGAACAACACUCCUAUAUUUACACACAUGGACAGAGAAGACCUUUAUCCAUACUAAAACAAAGGGUACUUUUUACGUAACAUAGCUUGGUUCCAAAUGAACUCAACAAUGGACACUUGGUCAGAUUGUGAUACAUUGAUAUUCAGAAUUUACAAGAUCCAAACUUUUCGCACACUUUGGGAUAUUAAAGCAAAAGGAAGGUCAUGGCUUAAAGAGUAGCUUGUUGGUUUAAAUGAGAAUACGUUCAUAUCAUACUGUAACGAUGCGUUGAAGAGGUACCUGAGAGCUCCUACUGGGUACACUGGGGCCAACAUUAGAGAUCAUCUAACAUACAGAUACAACCGAGGACCAAAUAAACACGACAUUGGGAAUCAGACAAUAUUGAGUACCAAAGAAUACAAAUCAUGAAAUACAUGUAGCUACAUUGUGAUAAUGUUUAGAUAUAAAAACACGAGUUAAAUAUGGUGUCAGCUUCACUAGGGAAUAAAGUGCUAAACGGUUUAAGAGCGAUUCAUAACUCUGUAAAAGCAUCAAUGAUCAGCUUCGGUGUUUAUUGUCGCGUUACGAAGCCUUCUCCGAACAAGC